AUGGCGAGCGGCCCGGGAGCUCGCUUGUGGUUCCCGCUGCUGUGCGCGCUGGCGCUCGAGCUGCUGGCCCCUUACGCCUCGCACCCGCAGCCGUGCCAAGUGCUGAGGCGGAUCGGCCACACGGUGCGGGUCGGGGCGCUGCACCUGCAGCCGCGCCUACUGUCCGCCGCCGGGAACGAGGACCGGGACGGGGACGCGACAACAGGUGGAGACGCGAGGGCAUCAGAGGGAGAACGACGAGAGUUUGAGACGAGUGCGAGAACCAGCGCCGGUGCACCGGCCGGCUACGGGAGCAUCCGAACCCGAGGUGGCACCGGCCAGAGGGGGGCUAGGAAUAAGAACCUCGCACGGCAGCGCGAGGGGAACGCCUCAAAGGAGAACCGCGUGUUCGCGCCUCGGGAUUCGGUUCUGCUCGCUGCCGAGGCCCUGAACCGGGACGGGGUGCUGCCCUACAACCUGACCCUGGAGCUCGUGAUGGCGGUGGGCUCGGGCCUCGGGGAACUACCCGCCUUUUCGUACGCCUCCCAGGGCACCGGGGACGGCGAGGACCCGCUGUCCUUCCUGGAGAGCGUGUGCCACACUGUGGUGGUGCAGGGGGUGUCCGCCAUGCUUGCCUUCCCGCGCAAUCGGGACGAACUGGUCAAGCUGGAGUUCGUGUCGGUGGCGCUUCAGGUGCCCGUGGUCAGCGUGGUGCAUCACGAGUUCCCGCGCAACAGUGAGAAUCCUCUCCACCUCCAGGUGGCGAUGCGGUCGGUGGAGGCGGCCCCUGCCCGGCUCCUGUACGCCCUGCUGAUGAGGAAUGGCUGGUGGGACCUUAGCGUCCUGCUCUGUCAGGAGGUGGACGUCUCCCAGUUCCUCCACCUUGUGAAGAACAACACACACUUCCAUCUGGGGGCCUUCGUCAACCUCACCAACACACCUACAUCCUCGUCCUCCUCUUCCUCCUCAUCCCCAUCCUCUUCGCCACCGUCGUCCUCGUGGUCGGGCGCAGGAGUCCCAGCGGCGGGCGGAGAGGUGCGGGCGGAGACCUCGUCUUCGCUGUCGUCCGGGCCUUCUUCGUCUUUCCCCUCUUUCUUCUCGGGAGCCUCAUCUUCCUCGCCGUCCUCGCCGUCCAAGUGGGACCAGCAGCAGGGUGUGAUGCGCCGCCUGGAGGCUCUGAGGGACCCCCGCUCGGCCUCCUCGACGGUCGCCGUGGUGACCUUUGGCUGCGAGAUGCGGGAGGUGCGGCGGCUCUGGACGCUCGCCACCCGGAUGAUGCUGCCGGACUUCCACUGGGUGCUGGGGGACAGCCAGAACGUGGCCGAGCUGCGGACUGAGGGGCUGCCACUGGGCCUGCUGGCCCACGGGGGGAUGGGUUCCCCCUCGCUGGACCACUACGUCCAGGACGCCCUGGAGCUGGUGGCCCGCGCCGUUGGGAGCGCCGCCCUGGAGAACCCCGCAAUGGCCCUCAUCCCCGGGACCACCAACUGUAUGGACCUCCAGGGGAGGAACGGCAGCUCUGGAGCGUACCUGGCCAGGUUCCUGUCCAACUCGUCCUUUGAAGGCCACAGUGGUUUUAUCUCCCGGGGCGGUGGUCUUGGUGGAGCAUUGGACGCCGGUCAGAGCGUGGUGUCCGAGGCCCACCACUUCAUCUGGUCCCUCCAGCUGGACCCCCUGGGCCAGCCCACCUGGACCCGGCUUGGCCGAUGGCGCCAGGGGCGUGUCCUGAUGGACCAGGGGGUGUGGCCGGCGCUCCGGGGUGGGGGAGGGGGCGGGGACUGGCGGCGCUCAGCCCGCCUCCACAUGCGGGUGGUGACGCUGGUUGAGCACCCCUUUGUUUUCACGCGGGAGGUGGACGCCGACGGGAUGUGCCCCGCCGGCCAGCUGUGUCUGGACCCCCUAACCAACGACACGGCCGGCCUGCAGGGCCUCUUCCAAAACCUGGCGGGCCCUAACGGCACCGUGCCCACCCGCCUGAAGAAGUGUUGCUACGGCUACUGCAUCGACCUGCUGGAGAAGCUUGCCGAGGACAUGGGCUUCACCUUCGACCUGUACAUUGUGGGCGACGGGAAGUACGGGGGCAUGAAGAAUGGGCGAUGGACAGGCCUGGUGGGGGACCUGCUCAGCGGGGCGGCCCACAUGGCCGUCACCUCCUUCAGCAUCAACUCGGCCCGCAGCCAGGUCAUCGACUUCACCUCACCCUUCUUCUCCACUAGCCUGGGCAUCCUGGUGCGUACACGGGACACAGCUGCCCCAAUCGGGGCCUUCAUGUGGCCCCUGCACUGGUCCAUGUGGCUGGGCAUCUUCGUGUCGCUGCACGUCACCGCAGUCUUCCUCACUCUGUACGAGUGGCAGAGCCCCUUCGGCAUGACCCCCCGCGGACGCAACCGCCAGCGCGUCUUCUCCUUCUCCUCCGCCCUCAACGUGUGCUACGCCAUCCUGUUUGGACGCACCGUGGCCAUCAAGCCGCCCAAGUGCUGGACGGGCCGACUGCUGAUGAACCUGUGGGCCAUCUUCUGCCUGUUCUGCCUGUCCACCUACACCGCCAACCUGGCCGCCGUCAUGGUGGGCGAGAAGACCUACGAGCAGCUGUCCGGCAUCCACGACCCCAAGCUGCACCACCCAUCCCAGGGGUUCCGCUUCGCCACGGUACGGGAGAGCAGUGCAGAGGACUACCUGAAGAAGAGCUUCCCUGAGAUGCACGAGUACAUGAGGAGAUACAACGCCCCGGCCACGCCCGCUGGCAUCAGCAGCCUCAAGGAAGACCCCCAGAAGCUGGAUGCCUUCAUCAUGGAUAAGGCUCUGCUGGACUACGAGGUCUCUAUCGACGCCGAGUGUAAGACCCUCACUGUGGGGAAACCCUUCGCUAUAGAAGGCUACGGUAUCGGCCUUCCGCAGAACUCUCCCUUCACCUCCAACAUCUCUGAGCUCGUGAGCCAGUACAAGUCUGACGGCUUCAUGGACCUGCUGCACGACAAAUGGUACAAAGUGGUGCCCUGUGGGAAGAGGAGCUUCGCUGUGACAGAGACGCUGCAGAUGGGGAUCAGGCACUUCUCGGGUCUGUUUGUGAUGCUGUGUGUAGGUGUGGCCCUCUCCCUCAUCACCACGCUGGCCGAGCACAUGGUCUACCGGCUGCUGAUCCCCCGUGUCAAGGAGCCGCGCUUCAGAUACUGGCUGCACACCAGCCAGAGGUUGCAUCGUGCGCUCAACUCUACCUUCCCCGACGACAAACUCCCAACUGUCACCAAACCAGAGAAAAGGUGCAACGAGGGAAACAACCAAUCGGCCUCCUGGGUUCCCACCGACUCCUCCCACUGCAACCGCCGUAGGGACCCCCCCCAGGAAGUACAGAAGAAUGACUUAGAGUGCCUCUCUCCUCAGGAACUCCCCCCCGGACCACACCCCUCUACUCUGGCCAACACCAGCUCCCUCCCCUGUCUGGGGAAGCACCUGUCCCUACUCACCAACGCCAACGGCCGCCUGGGCCUGUGUCUGGGUUCCGGCUCCAGUCUGGGCCGAUUGACUGCUGCCUCCGGAAAGGGCGUGGCCCCGGUCCAGUGUCUGGGCCUGGGGGACUGCGGGCCGGGCCUGGGGGCCGGGCCGGGUCGGAAGCCCCUGGUCCAGGAGUUGGCAGAACUGGAGGGCCAGAUCCUGGUGAUCAAGCAGCAGCUCCAGACGGCCAUGAGGAGGAAGAGGGAGCUGGAAGAGUACCAGUUGUCCACCAGUAACCAGCCCACUAACCAGACUACUGUUGCUAAUACUGCAGCUAAGCAGCCUGCCUCACACCCGUCCAAGCAGCUCAACCAGUUGACUCAGUACAGCCAGUCCCACCAGCAGACAAUCCAACACACAAACACACUCCCAGAGCUCUGAGGGUUCUGCUGCGGCCAGUCAGCUGGUCGGCAUUUCUCUGAGAUUCAAGAACAAGAAUCUCUGAACCGGGAUUUUUAUGAACAGAAAUCUUGCACAUGGGUCUGGAGUUAAAAGGUUAUUCUCAAACACAGUUUGAGUGGUUUUAAAGUUCACCCGAUGCCUCUCUGACGACGGAACAUCUCAGACGAAAACCUGUCCUGAGCAGAAGGCUACUCCAGUGGGCCGUAGGACAGAGCUGCUGAAUCAAACCUGUGUUUCACCAAACUGGUCGCUUCUCCGUCGCUGCCAUUAACCACCCACCUCAUGUGCCCCUUCAUGCCCCCACAUAAUUUGUUCUCUUUUACAUUCAUUCAUUACUCUCUACUAUAUCCCAUUGUUUCACCUUUACCCCCUCACGUUCACAAAUGCAUUCAUUUGAUUUUUUCAUUUUUAUAUGACCUGAUGCACAUUUGAUUUUUACGGUUUCAUAUAUUGUGUGCGGUCAGUGUUGAUCAAUAAUUCAAACCUCCCUCUGUGUUUUGAUGGAUGGUUCGGCCUCCUUUGCCCAUGUUUAAUGUGUUCACUGAAAUGUGGAGGAUCUGAGUUUUGACCUAGCCAGCUAUACCUCUCUAUCCUGAGUCCUGCUCAAGCCUGAGAAAAGAAAUUCACUUGGCAGGA